UAAACCGGGAGUAUAACUUCGGACUAUUCUCAAUCCACUUCGGCUUCGUCCCCGCUUCAUGCUCCGGAGGCUUCUCCCAUGGCCUCACCACGCUCCCCAAACCCUAACCCUAACCCUAACCCUAACUCGCUCUAAAUCCCAGUCCCCUUCUCCUCCACGCGAUUCCUACGACCCCCCCUUCUCCCCCAUCUCCCCCAAAUCCCCACCGGCAAAACCCACCAACUCCCUCCCCAAAACCCUAAGCCCCAAUCAGAUCAAACCCUCUGCCCCCUUCCACUCCGACCUCCCCUUCGACUUCCGCUACUCCUACUCCGAGUCCGACCCCUCGGUGCGGCCCAUCGGGUUCCGCGAGCCCCCGCGCUUCUCCCCCUUCGGCCCCGGGCGCCUCGACCGGAAAUGGGACGGCGUGGUCGCGCCGGCGCCGGAGCCGGCGCCGGUGGUGGGAUCCGCCGAUCGGAGGAGCUCGGUGCUUGGCGAGCCGCUCACGGAGGAAGAGAUCGAGGAGCUGAUCGAGCGGUAUCGACACAGCGACUGUUCCCGGCAGAUCAAUUUAGGAAAGGAUGGCGUGACGCAUAAUAUGCUUGACGACAUCCACAACCAUUGGAAGAGAGCUGAAGCUGUGAGAAUCAAAUGUUUGGGGGUGCCGACUCUCGACAUGGACAACGUUUGCUUUCAUCUUGAGGAUAAAACUGGAGGGAAAAUCAUCUACAGGCGAAUCAACAUUCUCCUUCUAUAUCGCGGUCGGUACUAUGAUCCAAAGCAAAGGCCGGUCGUACCAUUGAUGCUGUGGAAACCGCUCGCACCUAUUUAUCCAAGGCUCGUACCAAAUGUUGCUGAAGGUCUCAGUUUCGAGGAAACGAAGGAGUUGAGGAACAGUGGGUUGAAUUCCCCGCCGCUGAUGAAACUAACCAGGAAUGGUGUGUAUGUGAAUGUGGUGGAUAAAGUUAGAGAUGCCUUCAAAACUUCGGAGGUGGUGAGACUAGACUGUGCUCAUGUCUAUGCGAGUGAUUGCAAGAAGAUUGGAGUGAAGCUAAGAGAUUUGGUGCCUUGCAUUCCUCUCUUGUUCAAAGACGGUCAGAUAAUACUGUGGAGGGGCAAAAGGAGAAUCUGAGCUCGGUGCUGUGUGAUUCAUGACUCUAUGUGGAGACAGAGUCUCCGCCAUCUCAUUUGUCGGCGCUGUCGCAAGUGUAGAGAUGAUUUAGAAAUAAGCGGGUCGCGGUUACCUUUAUAGGGCUUUUCUUUUCUUGUGGGACGUAUGUUGGUGUUCCUGUGGGCGAACUUUUAGCAUCCAUUGGGAACCUUGCUUAGUCAACUGAGUUUUGUAUUGAAAGCAGAGUAGUUGGGUCACUACAUGCAAGGAUGUAGUUUAUUUGAUUAAAGAAAAAUCAUGUUUUGAGCAAUACUAUUCAUGUUUAGUGGCACAAUGCCUUAAUUUUGAAGCGAGAAACUUUAGUAGUUGUUUUA